AUGUCCUCCUUUGUUCCGUUAAACCUAACAGAGGACCCAUCACUAUCCAAGAAAGAUCUAGAGGAGGAACACUCGAGAGAACUCCAGAUCGAGCAGGCAUUCACGAUUUUCCAGAAAGCUCUUGCCCUCCAAAAGAGCCAGCUGUAUUUAGAGUCCUACAAGUUGUAUGAUGAGCUAUUCAAGCUAGAUGUCCUCUCCAAUCACUACCACGAAGAAGAGGAUUACGUCCGUGGCCUCCAGAAAGGUUCCCAGAACACCAUCACAGAUGAAUUGAGUUUUCUCUCGCCCAACAUAAAGACCUUGCGGUUCUUGGUUUUCAGAAAUAGAGGAUUCUUAUACUUGGAUAUCCUCAAGAGAGCAGACCUGAACCAGGAAUUGAUAGGAAGUUUGGUCAAGCAUGACACCAAGAAGGCUCCCGAAAAACCUGAAGUCAUCCCCAAUAAGUUCAGAGACAUGUUUUACACUCUUGUGGACGAUUUCUGUAUUGCAUUGUACUACCAAGAGGGUGACGAAAAGCUCUUGAAACAGUUGUACGAGAUCUUUAUGUAUUUGAAGGUCUACAAGCUCGCCAGGUUUACCUUGGAAUAUUCAUUGAGUGGACGAGUCGAGAGUGAUGACUUCUACGGACUAUUGCCAGUCAGCAAAACCAUCAAAAAGCAGCAUGACCUCAUAAAAACCAUAUUGAGUGUCAAGGAAUCAUCCAGUAAAUCAAUCGAAGAGCAGAAACAAGAUCUAGAUGCGAUCGAAAGUCGGUAUCACUUUUUGGAAACGAUACGAGGCGAGUUUGCCAAACAAAUUGAAAUAUCUAAUACUAAACGAAGAGUCGACAUCGAUCUAACCUUCGAAGAGAGCAGUCUCAACUGGACAAAUGUCAUGAGCAGAGUAAACCAUGUGGUGAGGAACAUACAAGAUGACGAAAAACUAGAAGACAUACAGCGAGGUAAAAUCAAAGCGGUAGAGCCUUAUUUACUCACUGAAGAUCCCAUAGAAAAGGUAGAUUUCGUUAUCCAAGAAGUGAAAGAAAAACUAGAUGCCGAUGAUAUUGUGGUAGUUGAAGAGACCGAAGUCGAGGCAUUGAAUACGAAGGACAAUAAUGACAAAGACGACCAAGGUAUUGUCGAAAACAAGAGAGAAGAAGAGGACCAGCCUUCUGAGCUCUCCGCUAACGGUGACAAGAAUGAAACGGAACCAAAAACCACACCAACCCCAAUGGAAGGUAUUGAAACAGAAAAUGGUGUCAAAGAAGAGCCUCUGUUAGAGCAAGAAAUACCCGAGAACACAGCUACAAGUGAAACAGACACGAUAAUACAGCAGAAAGAGGUGACUGAGCCUUCUCAGGACACGAUUGAAGAUGUUAGUGUCAAGAACCGAACAUCCAGAUCCUCCAAAAGGUUGUUGAGAGCAGAAACUGACACCCCAGACAUUGACUUGAAGCCCGAGUACUUCUACUAUACGGGUCAAUUUUUCGUGGCCUUGAACGAGUACUUGUACAACUUGAACAGUGAAAAUGAGCUGCUUCAAGUGAAGAACAUGAUUGAAGCGUACUUUGGAGUAGGGAAUGGAUUACACACUUACAUCCAGGAUUUCGUGGAAAUAGUCAAUGAGUGGGACACCAAGUACACCAAAGUAUUGGUUGUUGCUGAAGACAACUCGUCGUCUCCGGGAAAGUCCAGUGAUGAUGAGAGAUUAAAAUUAAUAGAGGUUCUCAAUAGUUUUGGGACCAAAGGAAGCUCCAAGUAUGCGGACAGCGUCCUUAAAAUUGAAGAUGUCGAGAAUAAAGAGAUAAUUCGGGAUUAUUUGCUUGAACUUAAUAGUCAGAACCUUCACUACAAGGACGUGAAGAACAGAAUUAUUCGUCGUUUGCUAGGCGUGAGGAAAUCCACUACCUCCAGUUGCUAUCAAUACCCAACUUGUUUAAUUACCGACACACUCUGGAAUCCCAAAUUAUAUUCUCAAAUCAGAGAAUGGAUCAUUCAAUUCGAUUACUCUUUAUUGCAUUGCCUCAAACUAGAAGAUCAGGUAUCUUUACAUGAGGCCCUCGACAAUGUUGCACUUUGUAUCAGCAUUCAGGAAAUUCUAGUUGAUAACUACAUCUCAAUCAAGACCCAGAUUUCAAACAUUUUAUUGCAGAGCAAUAAGAAGGGACUGAACAAACCGCCAAGCAAGAGUGCAAUGAACAAUCUUAGUCUUGAAUUGAUGAAGAUCAAAGACAAGUUGAAUAAGUGGAUUGAACAAUACGAGGACUCAAUGUUCGUAGUAAACAAAUUGAUUCAGGAAGAAAGUGACGUUGAAAUGGCCACAGACGGCGAAAUAAGUAUCCAGGAAGUCUAUUUCGUGCUUUCGUGCCGUUUUAGAUGGUGUCAAAUCCAAAACGAAAAGGCCCAGAAUCCCGACUGGGCUCAAUCUGACCACAUUAUGACAAAACUCAAUGAGUUGCUCGAUUACGCUUCUAAGAGUACUAAUGAGUUGCACAUAUUAUCUCCCAACUAUGACAAUAUCACUGGGGUAAACUUGGAAGUAAUAAAAUCGCAACUCACAACCACUUCAGUGAUGUCCAUGUUCUCCAAGAUCAUAUACACAGAGUCAACUGAGAACAGCAAUGAGGCAAUAGAACUUUUGGAGGGAAUAUUGAUCGAGCCUGAAGAUCUUGGAGGUCUAACUAAUGAAAGCAGUGCUACCCCUAUUAAUCAAGAAGCCAUCCAGUCCAUCAAAUUAUUUCUCAAAAACUCGCCAGUUGAUAUGAAGCUCAAUUUGUGGAACGUCCUAUUCGUGUACUAUGUUGCUUCUAACAAAAUUGACAGCUUCCAGUAUGGUUUUGAAAAGGUUAUCGAAUUCAUUCACGUUUAUUUAACAUCUCCUGACUAUGGAAACCUUCCCUUGCACACGAGGAUGACCACUCUCUUGAGUAUUCUUGGCUUUUAUGGUGAUAUUCUCAACACAUACUUGGAAAGCUUACACAGCCUAAAUUGGCAAUUGCCCAACGGACAAGGAAAACAAGUUAUCGAAGCACUCGUGAGAUUACUCCAAUUUGUGGAGUUAUUUUAUGUAUUCGAUAUCCAUGAAGAAGCUGCGUCGAUGUCAAGUACCAAGGUCUCAAUCAAAGCAAGAUCCAAGUCAGCAUGGGAUGCAUUGCGGAACAUGUUUGUGGGCACGAUGUGUGUUCUAUUAGUAUAUUACAACGCUGGAAAGAAGGACAUUGUCCGCGUCAAAAAGGAGACAGAGCAUCACAUAAACUCUAUCGGAGAUGAGGCGGAAUCUUCACAGCCUUCAAAGGACAACGAAGGGGAGAGCUUCAUUUCAUUCUUGACGCAAGUCCAUAAUCAUUUGGGUGCAAAAAAGCUCUGUUCGUGUUCAUCAGGAAGAUUUCUCAAAUUGGCGCAAGACUCUCUCCGUUGGUUCGGUCCAUCGACCUUGUCGUCCCAACAGUUGUCUCAAAUUAUUUCCUGUCGGUAUCACUACAAAAUAUCAGUGGAGAAAUUCACCCCAACCGAGCACCAUACGCCGACAAAGGAGCAAUUGAACUAUGAUACUACAAUAGAACUUUCGAAAUUCGUGUUGCCUCUCUGCUUCAUCAAAAAUCCUCUUGUUCGUAUUCCCAAGCAUGAUACGAAGGCAAUUAUCGACGACUUCUACGAGGUUGUGGGAGAUCCUAACCUAGAGCAGGGAGAAACAACUUUGAAUAGAAAUGAUUCUACUUUUGAGUACUUCUUUGAACUCACCAGGAUCACUCCUAGGCUCUUGAAAGAUGCAUUCCACGGUCUAUUGAAGCUUGAUCUCGAGGAUGUUCCUGUCACUCCCACCAAUAAGAUUGUCAAGUCGGGUCUUUAUUACCUUCAGGGGUUACUAAUUUUCUCCUCCUACAAAGUUCGUAAAAAGAACAUGCAGAGUAGAGCUGUUGAAUUGGAACAAAUCAUCAUGUUGUUGAAGAACGAUUUGAUCCAUUUCAGUAAUCGUAUCGAAAGUUGGUACUUAUUGGGCCAGGCCUAUGGGUACUUGGUUGAAGAUGAUCUCAUUUGGACAAGUGACAAGUUGACAGUCGGCGACAGAAAAGUGGGAACAGCAAACCUUCAGAGAAAGUCAUUGUUGUGCUAUUUGAUGGCCAUUAAUGGAACUAUUGGACACAACAACAGCCAAGUAAAGCAAAUUGUCGGAGAUCUCAUGAGCUCAUUUUCAAAGGAAUUAUACAGUGCCUGUAUGGAGCCCAUGAACAUGCAUGCAUUCAAAGUUCAGGGUCAGCCUAGGUUUAUUAAAAAGCCUUCUGGAGGUGCAGCAUUUGUCAGCGUUCUGGAAAGUUCAGUUUCAAAGAAACUCUGCCUCAAAAUUAUCCAGCAAUCGCUUCAUUUGUCCAUCAAAUCGAAGCCUGAUGACUGGCUUAAUUACUACUACUUGGCCAAAGUACAGCGCAAGCUAGGAAGACUCGCUACGUUUGUCCUUGAAACCUUGAAAGAGUCAUGCCGAUUGGCGAAGAGUCAAUCCACUGUGGAUCAUAUCAUAGAACCACACUAUUUGAUGGUCUCCAUGGUCUACAAGUACCACAAGGCUUUUCUAUUGGGAUAUAACGAGGCAAUAAAAUUUCUCAUGGAGGAUCCUGUGAUCAGUUUGAAGUAUGAUGACGACAUUGACAAAGCAAACUUUUCCGAAGUGAUUAUAUCAUCUCUUAAAAAGGUUGAUGCUUAUGACAAGAAAAAUUGGCACCAUAAGCCAAGCUACAGGUUGUCGAAGAUUUUGUUUGAAGAGUUUGGAAAAGUGGACGAAGCCUUGGAAGAGAUGUCGUCAUUUAUCUCAUUGAAGGCUACCAGUAAAACACUAGUACUGAUUUGGAAACCUGAAAAUGAACGUCCUGGGAAGCACUUCUACUAUACAUAUCAGUAUUCGAAGUUUUAUAUCCUUCUACUCACUCAGAAGCGUGACUUAAUUAGUCUCAUCCAAAUGUUGCCCAAGUUGAGAAGAUCGAACUCGACAAUGAUCGACCUCUAUUCCGCAUGGGAGAUCUUGUGCUCGUCUAUUUGCAAGAUCAUCAGAUCCUCCUUGAACCUUGGGGGAAAUUUUAGUUUCUUUGAAACAUUCAUGCAGUCUUUGUCGUAUCAGACAUUUAUCUUGAAUUCAAAAGCCAUACUAGAAGUGUUGCAGAAAAAUGGGAUUCCAAAGGACUUGGAAGCCCAUUUGUGCCUCCUUCAUGCUAUCCAUGAUAUGAAGAAGUUCAACAAUGGGUUUGGCCCAACUUCUUUGAUUGAUGAUACCAUCGUUGGAAUAUUCUUGAAGAUUUAUCUUUACUUUGACAAGGAUUUUGAACAUCCUUUGACAGGAGCCCCUGCUGGAAGCUCUGACAGCCCUGGAGGAAAGAUCAAGAAGAUAGCAAAGAGGGAUGUGUUCCCUUUCGCCAACGAUUUGUUGAAGAAUUUCAGAAGAGAGAUCGAAGCAAUUUUAGUAAGCAACCCCAAAUUGUUCAAUGAAUACGUUGAGCAGGCCAAGGAGCAAAAUGAAGCGGAACAGAAGAGGUUGCGUGAAGAGGAAGCCCAAGCGAAAAUAAGGGAAGCAGAAGAAGCUGCCAAGAAAGAGGCUGAGAGACUUAGAGAGGAGGAAGUAAAAGCUGAAAUCGCCAGGAAAGCUCAAAUUUUGGCAACAACUGUGCCAGAUCCGGUUGUCAGUCAAGGUCUUUCUCCUUCGAUCACUAGUCUUCCAAAUGGAAUAAUCUCGAAAGAGCAGUUUUCUGCCUGGUUAGAAGCAAAUACUAAAGCGUAUGGGACCGCCAAUAUCAAUGGUGCCCCUACUGCAAGAACUGGUACAGUUUUAAGACCACCACCUGGUCUUUUUAAACUCCCCAUUUUGAGCUCUAGUCAUCCUGUUCCUGUGACACCAGCACUGAAUGAACAAUUCAGUUCAACUCCAUUGCAACAAAGUCUCGUUGCACCUGCGUUGAAUUCUAAUCAGGAGAAGAAUGCAAAUGGCGAUACUGUGGUUGCGGCUGUGGUUUCUAACGGUCAGGACACCAAAAACUCAAUUGUUUCAGAACUCAAGAGCCAAACAGAGGAACAAGGAGUUUCACAACUUCAAAUCAAGGUUAAAAAGAGUACUUCAAAUCCUGAGCCACAAACAGUUUCAGAACCUUCAAUCGAAGUCCAAACAAAUGCUCCAAAUGAAUUGGCACAAGUAAUUUCUGAACCAAUACUUGAAUCCCGGAAAUUGGAAGAGGAAGAGAAACCACAAGAGACAAACAGUUCGGAACAAACUUCGAAUCCUGAGGCCUCUCCCAACCCAGAGCUUAUCCAACUGGCCAAAAUUCUUCCAGCUGAAGUUCCUGCUGCACCAGCUAAAGAAGCAAGAACUAUUCCGGAAGAAGAAACAAGAACUGUUCCAGAAAAAGAAAGUAAAAUACUUCCAAAAGAAGAAAGUGAACAACACGAACAUGUGCAAUCGUCUCAAAGCGUUGGUGAAGCAGAACAGACAAAUAUUCAACCAUCAGAACAACCCCCCACAGGAGUUAAUGACCUGAAUGUUGAGCCUGGUAAAACGCCUAAUUCUCUUGAGGAAGCAACUGGUUCACCUAAAGCAGUCUCUGUGAUUGCCCCAAUUGAAAAGCCAAUUCUUGAGCCUGUUGCUGUGAAGGGUGGAGAUGACUUGCAAAAUGGAGCUCCAAGCGAUUCAGUUAUUGCCGAAGUUAAUCUGGAAGCGCCUGAACUGACAAAGGAAGUGGAAUUGAACUCUUCAACCAAGGCAACAGAUGAUGUAAAUGUUCAAGAGAUCGAAGCUCAACCCACUGACACAACUGCAAAGGAAAUUACUGGUCCAAUCACGAGGGGUAAAAAACGUAAUCCUGUUGAUGAAGAUUUGCCAAAGAAGAGAUUAAGAUCUGAUAGUGCAAAAAACAAUUAA